AUGAGUGAUUUUUUAGCAGCAAAUAAUCCGUGUGGUCAAAAUCUUUUACAACUUGUUGCAACAGGCAAUGCAAUUAUAGCUGAAUUAUUACGUCUAGCUGAUUUUAUACCACCAUUAUUUAAAGUUAUUAAUAUUCGUGAUGCAGGAAAAUAUGCAGAUAUUAUAUUUGAUUUUUCAUAUUUUUCUAAACAAGAAUAUUAUGAUGAUUUAAUUAAUGGUCGAGCAGAUCUUCAAGAUGUUGAUGAUGAAUUUCGUGAAAAUAAUCUCACAUUACUUACACGAUUUUAUCAAGCAUUUGAAAGUGUACAUAAAUAUGGAAUUGAGUUUAAUCGAUAUAUUGAAGAUUUAACAAAUGGUACUUAUUUACAACAAACAGUUGAGAAUGUCAUUGCUAAUGAAGCAGGAAAACAAUUAAUGACUGAAGCUGUUUAUCUAUUUGGUGUAAUGUUAAUAAUAUUGGAUUUAAAAUAUGAUGGUGCUGCUCGAGAACGAAUGAUUGUUGCUUAUUUUCGUUAUAGUGGCAAACGCAAUGCAUUGGAUAGUAAUAUUGAUGAAGUAGGAAAAUUAUUAGCACGAAACGAUGGUUUUUCUCUUCAACCAUAUAAACGUCCACUUGGUUAUCCAGAAAAUUAUUUUAGACGUAUUGGUUUUCGUGAAGAUGUUAUUGGUAUAAUCAUAGGUCGUUUACGUUCUGAUGAUAUAUAUAAUCAAAAGAAAGCUUAUACGGAACUUGAACAUCAAACAGCAGCAUAUGCAACACAAGCAGCUAUGCUUUAUGUUUUACUUUAUUUCUAUCCUGAUGUUUUACAUAAUAAACAAGCUAUAAUGCGUGAAAUUGUUGAUAAACAUUUUGCUGAUAAUUGGGUUAUUAAUUUAUAUAUGGGUAUGACAGUAAAUUUAAUUGAUGCAUGGGAACCAUAUAAAGCAGCCAAAGCAGCACUUAAUAAUACACUUGAUCUUCAAGCUGUUAAAAGUCGAUGUCAAAUGAUUCAUGAUAAAAUUGGUAAAUUAAAUAAACAAGUUGAACAAUAUCUUAUUGAAGGUGUUUUAAUUGAAGAAUAUGUUUUAAAAAAUAUUUCAACAUUAUUAAAAUUUAUGAAAGAAUGUAAUAUAUGUUUAAGAUGGAUUAUAUUACAUACAAGUGAAUUACCAAUUGGUGCUGAUAUUAAUAAACGAUGCAAACAAAUGUUACAACUUGUUAUUAAUGAAUCACAAUAUAAUCCAUCAGAAGUAUUUAAAUUAUUAUUAAAUACAGCACAAUUUGAAUUUAAUCUUAAAGAGAUUGUUAGUUUAUUAUUAACCGAAAAACAUGAUCGAUGGAUAGCAAAUAGAAAAGAAGCUGUCGAACGUCUUAUUGAAUUAGCUGAUGUUUUUUCUGGUACAAUGCCAUUAACACGUGUAGAAAAAAAUGAUAAUCUUCAAACAUGGUUUCGUACAAUGGCUAAACGUAUUGAAUCCUUAGAUUUUGAAGAUUGGACAAGUGCUGGACGUCAAACUAAUCAAAUAAUGACAGCUUUAGAUGAAGUACAACAAUUUCAUGAACUUGAUACAAAUAUGCAAGUGAAACAAUUUUUAAAUGAUAAUAAACGUCUUUUAAGUACAAUGAUUUUAUUAAAUAAUGUUCAAGAAUCAACAAUUAGUAUUAUGGAUCUUGUCGCUGAUUUAUCUUAUGCAUGGAUUAUUAUUGAUAGUUUUACUGGUGUAAUGCAAGAAGGAAUAAAACGUAGUCCGUCUUUAGUAACAAAAUUACGUGCAACAUUUUUAAAACUUUCAUCAGCACUUGACCUUCCAUUAGUACGAAUCAAUCAAGUUGGUAGUAAUGAUCUUAUGGUUGUAAGUCAUUAUUAUUCUGGUGAACUUGUUGCUUAUGUACGAAAAGUUUUACAAAUUAUUCCUGAAACAAUGUUUUCAAUGUUAGCUAGUAUUGUUUACUUACAAACAAAUAUAUUACGUGAAUUACCAUUACGUGCUGAAAAAGAUAAACUAAGAGAAUAUGCUCAACUCGAUGAACGGUAUCAAGUUGCAAAAUUAACACAUGAUAUUUCAAUAUUUACUGAAAGUAUGUUAAUGAUGAAAACAACAUUAGUUGGAAUAAUCAAACUUGAUCCAAAACGUGUACUUGAAGAUGGUAUUCGAAAAGAAUUAGUUAAACAAGUUGCAACUGCUUUACAUAAUGGUCUUACAUUUAAUCCUCGUGCUAAGAUAGUCUAA